CAUAAUUCCACACAAAGGGAGGUCAUUCGUAUAUACAAAUGGGAAGUGCAGCUAACGGUGCCGCCGCCGCCGCCGCCGACAUGGCUACAUCCACCAGCAAUGGCCUCGCCACCGUCGACAAAGGAGUCGAUUUCGCCAACUACUUCUGCACUUACGCCUUUCUCUACCACCAGAAAGAGAUGCUUUCCGACCGUGUUCGAAUGGACGCUUAUUUCAACUCUGUUUUCAAGAAUAAACAUCACUUCAUUGGAAAAACUGUGUUGGAUGUUGGAACAGGGAGUGGCAUUUUAGCAAUUUGGUCAGCACAGGCAGGUGCAAAGAAGGUCUAUGCUGUGGAAGCUACUAAGAUGGCUGAGCAUGCUCGUGAGCUGGUUAAAGCAAAUAACCUUCAUGAUGUGGUUGAAGUGAUUGAGGGUUCAAUAGAAGAUAUAACAUUGCCUGAGAAAGUUGAUGUAAUCAUCUCCGAGUGGAUGGGAUACUUUCUUCUGCGUGAAUCUAUGUUUGAUUCUGUAAUCUGUGCUCGUGAUCGCUGGCUGAAACCAACUGGAGUUAUGUAUCCCAGUCAUGCUCGCAUGUGGUUGGCGCCUAUCAGAUCAGGACUAGGAGAUCAUAAGAUGAGUGAUUAUGAAGGAUGUAUGGAUGAUUGGCUAGGUUUCGUUAAGGAAACUAAAUCUUAUUACGGUGUGGAUAUGAGUGUUUUGACAAAACCGUUUUCUGAAGAGCAAAAAAAGUACUACUUGCAGAAUUCCGUGUGGAACAACCUGCAUCCAAAUCAAGUUGUAGGGACAGCUGCUAUCUUAAAGGAGAUUGAUUGUUUAAAGGUAACCGUUGAAGACAUCCUCAAAGUUCAAGACAGUGUUUCAUCAACAAUUACCAAAGAGGACACAAGGCUAUGUGGGUUUGGUGGCUGGUUUGAUGUCCAUUUUAAUGGAAGGGAGGAGAAUCCUGCUGAAUGUGAGGUUGAGUUGACAACAGCUCCCAGCAUAGAUGAUGGCACACAUUGGGGACAACAGGUUUUUCUCUUGCAUCCACCUGUGCGUGUCAACCAAGGGGAUGAGAUCCUUGUUAAUUUUUCAAUGAGCCGUUCUGAAGAAAAUCAUCGUUUGAUGAAGGUUGAUCUUGGGUAUAAAGUUAAGUUGUCAUCUGGCAAGAUGCUGCCUCCAGUCAUAAACAAGUUCUAUAUAGAAUGAGGCCGAAGAAAAGGACUAUUAUUAACAUCUCAAAGUCCCUUUACGAAUUGGAAGAGCGACAAUACUUUUACAACGAGCAUUUGCAGCAUCUCCAGGUAACCAAAUUGAAGCCAGCAUGGAACUUCUACUCUUUUUCCCACUGAGCUGCUAUCUUUUCAUGUAAUUUAUGUUGUAUGGUAUCUGGUCUAUUUCUUGAAUCCUUUUCUAAACUGGAAUUCAUUGUAAAACUUACAUGUUAUAUACAAUUAAAAGAGCAAUCAUUGAAAUUUUUGCUGC